CAAUCGCCUUUGAAUUUUGUCGUCGUCGUGCUUUUCUUUUAACGCGAAAAAAGAAAAUUCAAAGUGUGCAUAAAGUUUUGCAAACCAUUUUGCUCGCCGUUAAGCUGUCUGGCGGAAAGUAUUUUCGUUGUCAUCUAUUGUUAGCGUUCCAGCGAACAAGCUAUUUUCUGAACUUUACAGCCAGAAAUAGCAGAGUGAGAAAUACCUGCCAACUUCUUCAGAAGGGAUUAACAUUUGUAAAAAGGAAAACAAGAAGAAACUUUCAUCAAUCAUGUCCAAUUACAAUCCAAAUGCUUAUCGUGAUCGUCGUGGUGGCGGUGGUCAGAAGCAUUACCACCAGGGACAGCAGCAACAACAGCAACGGCAAAACGCCAGGCGCUCGACUCCGUCGGAAUCGUCCGAACCGAAUGAUCUGGUUUGUGUGGUUUGCUUCAAACCGAUACAGUACUAUGCCAUCGGGGAGUGCGACCACCUCUGUUGCUUCGAGUGUUCAACCCGGAUUCGGGUGCUCUGCCGGCAGAACGAUUGUCCCAUCUGUCGGCGGGAUCUGGCCAAGGUCAUCUUCUCGAAGACACUGGCCCCGUAUAAGGAGCUGGACGUGCGCAAUCGGUCCGGGCUGUACGAUAAAAAGUAUCGAAUCUGCUUUACGGACGGUGACGUGCAGCAGGCUUUCUUCGAACUGCUGGACAACAGGUGCCCCAGGUGUGAGGAGAAAAACUUCCCCAAGUUCGAGAUGCUCCGGGAGCACGUCCGAAAGGCGCACGAACUGUUCUACUGCGACAUUUGCACCGAGCAUCUAAAGAUCUUCUCGUCGGAACGUCGUUGCUAUUCGCGGCAAGAUCUGGCUAUUCAUCGGCGCGUUGGUGAUCCGGACAACGUCGGUCAUCGGGGUCAUCCGCUGUGCGAGUACUGCGAUAAACGGUUUCUGGAUAAGGAUGAACUGUUUCGACAUUUGCGAAAGGAGCAUUUCUUUUGCCACUUUUGCGACGCCGAUGGGACGAACUACUUUUACGGAGACUACGAUACGCUUCGGGAUCAUUUCCGUCAGGAGCACUUUCUCUGUGAGGAAGGCGAGUGCGAACAAGAACAAUUCACGGCUGUUUUUCGCACCGAGAUCGAUCUGCGCGCGCAUCGGGCCUCCGCUCACGGCAAAAGCAUGAAUAAAUUGGCCAAUAAGCAGACGCGGACUUUAGAGUUAGAAUUUACCUACGCGCCAAGAGGAGGGGGUGGUGGCCCUGGGGCAGGUCCCAUGGGAGGCGGGCCCGGCGGAGGACGCCACCAUCAUGGACGGGGUGGUGGAGGAGCUGGCGGAUCUGGCGGAGGUGGAGGCGGAGGAGGAGGCAAUCGUGGCGGUGGGAAUGGAGUUUACGAUAGUCAGAGGGAAUUUGAUGCGCUACUGAGUGACCCGUCGCUAGCGCAACAUCCUCCGAAGCGUAUAGACGCUAACAGUGAGCAAGACUUUCCUUCGUUAGGAGGAACCAGUGCGAAUCCCGUGUUUCGACCGAACAAUGUCUCCAUCCGACAGCGAGUUUUUGGUGUUGCUGGUUUGGCUAGGACGAAAGAAAACUUCCCCGCCCUCGGAUCCGAGGGCGGGGAUGGCUCCGGAUCAACCAGCAUCAAUGAGGGCUUCAGCAGCAAGAUCACUGCUAGUUCACUUCUGAAACCUAGUCAGCCCAGUGGCAGCAGCAAUGGCAGUGGCGCUGGUGCCAACGGCCGAAAUCAACCCAAUACCAGUAUGAUGAUCCACGUGUCCAAUCGGCCACCGAGUGGAGCAGCGGGUGGAAAGGCUGCCGCUUCCAUUGGCGGGAAGAAACCCAACGCGGUUGAUUUUCCGGCGUUGCCAGGAACCAACCGGUCGGGUGGCAAAAAAACCGACCUGUACACCGACAUGGACACCAACACCAGCAAUGGCAUGGUGAACCUGAAUGCAAUGUCCGCGAAGCACCGGGCUCUUGCGGACGAUUACGUGUCCGUGUCAAGUGUGGUUUCCAAAGUAGGCACCGUCACCGCUGCCGCCAAGGAGAGCAAAAAACCAUUGACCCAGCAGAACGUGGUUCCUAGUGUAAACUCAACGAAGGCGUUCCCAACCCUAUCGGAAUCGGGCAUUGGAAAAUCCGGUUCGGGAGCAACAACUAAGCCUGCUCAAUGGGUGGUUGCUAAUAAGGUGAAUUCAUCUUCGUUCGCUAUGAGUGGUGGUGGCGGCGGCGGCGGAAGCUCUGCUGGGUCGAACGUGUCCGCGAAAAAGAAACCAGCCCCGGCGCCGAAUCUGAAAGAAGAAGGCAACUUUGUUAAUUUGAAUGCUCUUACUGGAAAGAAAUCUGGCGGCGGAGGAGCAACAGCAGUGGAAGAUAGCUUUGGUUCUGCAUUGUCUGGAAAAGACAAUGGCGGAAGCUCCGGCAACAACGACAAGAAAAACAACAACGAUCAAUCUCAACAGCAAGGUGGCAAAAACAAGGCCAAAGACAAAACAAAAGCCAGCUCGAAUGGUUCGAAUGGCGAUGCUCGCCACCAUCAAAAGGAUGUUGAAAAUUUACCGGGUGGAGAGAAUUUCCCUGCAUUGGGCAACAAUCAUGCAACAGACUUUGCUCUGGCAAAUCUCGGAGGUGGCGGUUUAAAACGAAGCCCUCCUGGCUUUGAGAACGUCAGUGCCAACAAUAACAACAGUGUUAGGAAGAUUCCAGCACCUCCUCCGGGAUUUAGCAAUGUCACCUUGAACUCUGUGGCAAGGAAUAUCAACAAUUUAACUUUUACUAGCUCUAGCGGCGAAAGCUACAACAUCCUACCGGGAGCGUACAACUACGUUGCACCGUCCAAUGCCAGCAAGCGAAAUCAGAAUCUGGUAACUCACUUCCAACGAGCUCUAAAGAAACCGGACGCGCUGGCCGAAUUCCGUGCUAUUUCGCAGAUGUUUCGUGAUGGCGUUUACAAUCCAGCCCCCUACUAUGAACACUGCAAAGCUGCUUUGGGUGAUCGUUUUACAGAAAUCUUUCCGGAAUUGCUGGCUUUAUUACCUAACAUAACCAAGCAACAGGAACUCUACCUGGUCUACUGUCAGGAUCAGAGAAACCAAUCGCAAAAAAGUGGCGGCGGUGGCUCGACCAAGGGCGCCAAAUGCCAGCCGCUGGAAGUGUGCCAGGUGUGCAAGCAGGUCCUGGUGCGGGACGAUCUGACCGAACACUUCCAGUCGCACUACAUGGAGAACAACUUUCCGAAACUCAGUGCCAACGGUGCCAAGUCGAACGAGCUGUCGACCGCCUGGCGGAAAUAACGAUAAAUGCUGCUUCUUCCCACCACGCCACCAUGCUCUGUUGUAAACUCAUGUAUAAUCGUUACAUUACCUGGUAGUACCUACGUCUCUGUCUUUGUUUGCGAUAGAUGGCAACAUAUUAUCUAUAAAGCAUAGAAAGCGUUUGGAUUUUUAGGGUAUUUUUAUUUUCUCUAUUUAAUCGCAGAAUAAUUCAAUACGGGACUAUUCAGUUAUUAUUAGGCAAGACGAAUAUAUCGGAGAAACUUCGCAUUAAAGUUGAAUCAGAUUUAUUUUCUUAUUGUUUACGCUAUCGCGUCGUGGCAAAAUAAUCUUUUGCUUAUUAAAGUAAGUAGAAUAGAAUCAACUUUUCUUCCGUAAAGCAGGGUAAACCAAUUGUAAACUGUCGAUUAGAGUUGUGCGAGCUUGUUACGUAUUGCGUUUAUUUUGAUUAACUUUUUAUCCUGGAUUACAUGAUUAGAAUUACAUCUCCGGCGUUUUGUACAAAACUAGUUGUAAAACAUUCUGCCGAACAAUGGUUAGAGAGUAAAUUGUUUCCAGGCUUCUACCGGCAAUGUAUAACCACCUCCUCCUAGCGGCUGGAGAAGCAAUUAUUCAAAAAAUAUUCUAAUUGUAGUGUAAAUAUGUAACACGAUUUCAGCUGCAAAUCAAAAAUCAAUCAAGUGCUAUCAAUAGAAAGUAAUGAUAGUGGCUAUAAGCGCU